GCGGGAGAUUUUGGCGGGCUCGGGAAGAUGGCGGCAUCGCUGAGGCGUUUGGACCGCUCGGCGCUGAGCGCUGCCGCGAGCGCUCAGUGGGAGAGCGAUCACCUCUGGAUCUGUUUGCUGGCCUUGGGCUUCGACCCGAAACAGCACCGUGGCAUAAAACUAGGGAGGAAUAUGUUUGCUAAAUCGAACAGCAGAGCAUUUUCUGUCCUUGCCCACUUCUUGUUUACCAAGCUGGAUAAGAACCGUGCAAGACAAAUUUUCAAGAAAUAUGGAGUCACAAAACUAUCAAGUCCUAGAUGUAGGAAGCACUGCUCUCUGUGGCUAAAGGAAAUUUCACAGCAGAAGGAAGUAAGUCUCCCACAGAUUGCUCCUUCCACACUGAUUUGUCCUGGUGGUGCUAAAUUUGUCCAUGUGUUCCUCUGUUUUGCAAGAUACGUAAUGAUUGAAAACAUGAAAAAGCUCUUUGUAGGCACUGGUAUAUGUUUUGCUGAAGCUGUAAUGCGGAGACCUCGGGAUAUGUACAUGGCAAGAGCAAGACACAGAGUUGCAUACAAUAAACUGCUGCAAAUUCUUCAAAGGGGAGACUUUGUUUUUCAAGAAUACAGGAGAAAAGUACAGGUUUUAAUUAGAGAAAUAAAGCGGACAAAGAAGAAAUAUGCAGUUGUGCAGAAGCAGUUUUGCAGGAUGAAGCAAAAUGACCAAAACAAAAAUGACACAACUGAGAGAAUUCAGAAGGUCCGAAGUAUGUGGACACUCAUAACAGAAAUGCUUACAUCUCUGAAAAAGGAAAAGGAAGUUGUGGAUUCUGUACUUGAAGACUGCGUUAACCCAUGUAUUCUAGAUGGAACUGAUGUUGUUUUGAGUGUUCCAGCGUUGUUGAUUUACAGAGUUGAAAGUAACAUGUAUGGUUUUUGUACAGGAAAUUUAUAUGAAGAUGGAAAUCUGAAUUUCUUAACAGUUAUUCAAUUGCUAAAUGAAGCCCUAAUGACAUUGAGAGAUGAAUCUUGUCCAUGUGAAUUAAAAGAACUUCACAGAAUUGAGGAUGUGGCUGCAUUCUACAAGAAUGCGCUACGGGCGUUGAACACGGCAAGUCUAAGAAGAAAGCAAGAGCAUUGUGAGCCAGAGCAUCAGUCUCUUCCCAGAAAACAGGAAAUCUGGGAAUCAAAGUGGGAAACUAUUCUUGGCCAGUGUCCUUUUAAUUUAAUCUUUAAAGAUGAUCUACAAUCACCUCCAUCACUUCAAUCUUCUAGUUCUUCAGACGAAGAUACUGUCUUUUAUGAGUCAUUUUCAGGUAAUUAUGACUAUCAUCAUGAAGAAUGCAAUGAGGAAAGUGAUGGGCCUUUGGAAAACAUGCUCCAUACAACAUUAGUACCCUCAAGAUGGAGCUCAUCGGUGCCAUCGUCGUCAGAAGGAUCUGAAAAUGGAGACCUGUUAAUUAAAAAUAACUUGAAUACUUGUGUAGGAAAUGAAAAACCUGUGCCUCAAAAAAACUUAAAAAAUGGAAAGGAAGAAUUCCCUACUUCAGAAAUGGAGGAGAAUGCAAGUGAAAAUGUUACCCAGCCAAAGUCUCCUGUGAAAAGAGAUGAACUUCUUGAGAAAGCCAAAGAUGAACUGGCAGAAGAGAUUGCAAAGUCGGUGAUGUCUGAGUCACCUCACAGUGGUGAAGAAAAAGGAAUGACAUUAGAUGAUCUCAUUAGCUCACUGUGUUUUAACCCAUUUAUAACAAGGAAUCAAAUACCCCGAACUCCCGAAAAUCUGUUUACUGAAAUCAGAAGUUCGUGGAGAAAAGCUAUUCAGACUGAGGGCUCAUUAGACCUAGAGCUGUCCUCAACUGGAGCGAUGACGGAAAAAUCUUCAAUGAAUGCUACACUCAGUAUGCAGGAGGAGGUGGACUUUGUGUGCUCUAAGCCUCUGUCUCCUGUGUCUGACUUGGAUCCUCCUGUAUCAGAAAAGAUGUCUCAAUUAAAUUCUACAGAAUCUGGUUCUCAGUCUGGAAUUCAAGAAAGUGAAAGAAUUGAAUCAGAGGAACUGGAUUCUGGUUUGAGUGGAAGUUGUGUAGAAGAUCAAAGCCAGACUUUUCAAAAUGUAAAGAAGAGCAUGAAUACUCCAGAUACUUGUUUGAAAGGUGGUAGUAGAACAAAUACACUGCCUUCAGACCACUGUCGCAGUUUUCUGAUGGAUAAGAUGCUGUGCUGGAAUGUAUCUGCAUUAAAUUCUGCUGACAUGGGAAUAUUGGGUGAGACACUUCCACAAUGUGAUGAUACGGAUCCCAGCAUAUCUGCAGGCUCAGACUCCUUUUUCUUUACAAUGGACAGUGAAAAUUUAAUGGAUGACUCAGAAAAUAAUGAGGAUAUUAAAAAAUUGGACCUAGAUAUACAGUCCCUGUCCAACUCACAUGAAGUGCUAAAACAGACUGCAUCUAAGAGUGAAGAGGAGCUGCAUCAAACACAUAAUGGAGACAAAUUUCAAAGUAGUAGAGCUAAACUAAGUAUGAUAUCACAAGAAGGAGAGGAAAAUGAGGAUUAUCCAUCCAUGGACGAAGAAUUUACCAAUAUGCCAUUGCCAAACUCUCCUGAUGAGAGCAAACAUUCCCUGUCAUCUUUGCUGGUAUCCUGUCAACAGAUGGAUGGUACAUGAAGUCCCAUUAGACUUAAUACAUAAAUUGAAGGAUAAGAACAGUUGAGUUGGAAGCUGGGUAUGAAUGAACCUUCAUCAGGAUCGAAUUUGUAAAGCAGCAGCAUAACCAGAGCAAUGCAUUUAUGGUUUAUGUAGCAUCUUCUCCAAGCGUUGUCUGCGUUUGGAAGUUGCACUCCUUUUGAUGUGCAAGGUGACUCUAUUCCAGUCUCCUUGUUUAAGAGUGUCACUUGCCUGCUCUGACACUGCCAAUAUCAUAUCAUUCACUGUGGCUUUCUGUAUACUUUCUAUAUAUUUCUAUAUUUAUAUACAGAACUGUACUUUCUUUUUGAAGCAUAUUUUGAACAGUAGAUGUUGAGUAAAUGGCAUAACCCUAGAAAAUGGAAAAAUUAAAUGUCAAAAGAGAAAUAGUGCAAUCUGUUAAUUUGCUCCUAAUCCACAUCUCAUACCCAUCCCAACCCUCAACCCAAAAGACUGAAAUUUUUCUUGGUGCUCUACAUUCCAUUGCAUUCAUCUCUCUUACUGAGAUUUCUGGUCUAUAUUGCCAUCAAUUCUACUGUUGAUAGAGGCUGUUCCCUUUUUCUAAGCUUCACUGGAGUGCAUAUUUCUUUAGCUAUAUUACCAAAUAAAUGCUUUACACUAAAGUUAAAAAAAUGUGUUGCUUGUGGUAGUGUUACUACUUGAUAUUAAUGUUAUGUUGUGAUGUAAAAGGUAAUAAAGCCUGUGGUAAUGGGAGAAAGUACAGCUCUAGAUUCCAAGAGGUAAAUUUAUUGUUGUAAAAAUACUGAAUCCUAACCUCAUGUGUUUAGAGGCAUUGUUAAAUAUAGUUGUUUUUCUGUU